CUUUUCAUUUUAAUCGAUGUGGUACUCAUUUAUUUCAUUUUAAUAUCCCUUUAUUAAUUUGUUAAUCCAAAUUAGCGACAAAUUAUUCGAGUCAAUGAGAGGAACAAGUUUGAUAUCAUUGUUCUCACUCUCACGCCAUCGUAUUCUUCACUCUCAAUGCCGAUUCUUCAACUCUUCUGCUUCUGAACCUUCAUCUAACAAGCUCUUUAUAGGAGGAUUAUCAUGGUCAGUUGAUGAAAAAUCUCUCAAAGAUGCUUUCUCUUCAUUUGGAGAUGUUACUGAAGUGAGGAUAGUGUAUGAUAAAGACAGUGGUAGAGCUAGAGGAUUUGGGUUUGUUAUCUUUACAAAUGAAGAUGAUGCAAAAUCUGCAAAAGAUGCUAUGGACGGAAAGGCAUUGUUAGGUAGACCGUUGAGGAUAAAUUUUGCUCUCGAGAAGGCCCGUGGUGGACCUGUUGUAGUUCCUCGGUUUUCAGAUAAUGGACGAUUUAACAGGCACUAAGUUGAAUUUGCCGUAUGGAAUUUAUGUAUUUGUCUCUGAAUCAAAUUAAAAUUAUUAGCUAAUAGAUACAAUUUUUUUGUAUUGUUUAUCAUUGUCUCUUCAAUAUGUAGAAAUUGAAAUUUAGCUAACAUGUUGAAACAAUUUUUAACAUCAGGAUGGUAGUCAUGUUAAUAUGACAUUGCAUGGAUCACCGAGAAA